AUGGCAAACAAGGAGAACGUUCCAUGCGAUUUGAUUGUAGAAAUCCUCUCUCAUGUCCCUCCUAAAUCUCUUAUCCGAUUCAGAACCGUAUCUAAGCAAUGGAACACUCUUAUCAACGACAAGGCCUUCAUCAACAACAACAAGACGACGUCUCAAUUCUUCUUAGCAACCAAAUCCAAGAUUUAUGGAGUAAGAGUCAAUCCAAAGAUAGAGGUCAGUGAGUUAACAUUAGAUAUUCCCGCUUUAGAAUCUCUGUUACCUAGACAUUUGAUCAAUUGUGAAGGGCUUUUGCUAUGUUCCAUGGGUAAAGGAGCUGUGGUUUGGAAUCCGUAUUUAGGACAGACUAGAUGGAUCGAGCCCGAGAGUAACCACCCUCUCAUUAAAUUUUAUGGCAUAGGUUAUGAUUAUGAUAAUCGUUACAAGACCCUUGCAUCUUAUAAGAAGUACUGGGCUACCAAGACAUCUUGGAAAACCCAUGACUUUUCGUCUGAUGCAUGGAAGGACCUACACACUAUGGUCAUGAUAUCUGAUAGUAGUACUCAUCAGAAAGGAGGAUCUAAUACAUUUCACACCACAUGUGGUUUAUCGUUGAAUGGAACUUGGUAUCGGAUUGCUUCUUAUGACAAGACAAAGUACUUGUUCUUCCUAAUUAACUUUGAUUUUUCGAUCGAAGCAUUCUACAAAUUCUGUGAUCUACCUUGUGAAGAUAAUCAUCAUCAGGAUACUCUUGUUAUUGGGGCUUUCAAAGGAGAUCGGUUUUCGUUGUUAAAGCAAUCCCAUCUAACAAAGAAGAUUCAGAUUUGGCUGACCAAGAACAAGAUUCAUAAUAAGGGUGGUGCAGAUGUGGAGUGGAUGAAUUUCAUGGAAGUGUCAGCUCCUAACUUACCGACUCUAGUACAGACUAGAUCCUACUCGCAGCCAAGUUUCUUCAUCGAUGAUAAAAGACUUGUAGUGUGUUCUUGUGACGAAACUGGCUGGGCUUGA